GUCCAUAGCUUCGUCCAUGUUCCAGUAGGUGGCGGUCUUUUUCGUCGUCGAUGUGGUUGCUAUGACGAAGAGAAGCGUUACAGAACAUUCCGGAGUAACUUUUAUGUUAUGCAGCUAGGCUAAAGAUACAUUUGCAAGGUUGCAAGUCGUAUUUAUAUUGCAAAAGUUAGAAUGACUUAUUAUGCUGCAAGUUCAGCUUUGGAAUCAAUUUUUUACAACGUAUUGAUGUAAAAACAUAAUGAAUGUACUGCCAAACCAUCUUGUCAAGUCACUGAAGGAAGAUUUCAAGAUAUUGGACUACAGCAAGUGGGAGAGAUGCAACAGGAGCAAGACAGAGCCCCCUCCCUGGGUGAUUUUGCCCCCACUGCCCAACAAGACUACUGGCUCACCAAGCGAGCGUUAUCCAGCCACAGGGAGAGAGGAGAGUGGGACUUCUGCCACCCAUAACUUUUUCCCAACAACCGACAAGCCAGGGAAGUCUCGCCCCAACACUGGCCAUGAAGAGUCCACUGUGACAUCUAUGGGACGACUCUCUCGACGGAGGAGGAACGAAAGAGUGAAGCUGGACCCCAUCACUUUGAAGAAACAAGAAAAUAUCAAAACACUGAACUUGCUGAUUAUGUCGAGGAAGAAGGCCCUAGUGGAGCUGGAGAAGCACUGUGCAUUGCUGCAGGAGAGCAACGUCCGUAUGGCUGGGGAGAUAGACAGUACAGACAGACAGUCAGUGUCCAGUGCCAGGGAAUUCCUCAUCCGGCAUGACAAAUUAGGGAGUUCUAUAGCUGCAUUCAACAGCUGGAGCCACAGUCAGAUGGAGCAGGCCAAGACAGAGCUCCAGGAGGCUGAGACUGCUGCAAAGAACAGGCUUUGGGGUCUCCAUGAGCAGCUGAGGGGGGUGAAGGCAGAGCUGGUGAACGCCCAGGCGGAGCUCCACACCCUGAAGACCUACAAGGAUAAAGAGUACCCCGUCAAGGCCCUGCGCAUUGCCGAGAUAAAGAGAGGGAUUGAUAAACUCAAAGAGACACAGCAGGAUGAGAAUGAGGACGUGAACUUGCUGUGCCAGACAGAGAUGGUGUACCUGGAGAGACGAUCCCAACACGAAGAGCAGGAAGUCCUCUCUGUCAUAGCUAAGCAAAAUGUUUCAUAUAUUCCCUGUGUCGUCAAACUGAUGGCCGCACAUAAUCAGACGAUAAAAAAAGAAAUUGGAAUCCACAAAAAGGAAAUUGCGGAGCUGGAAGACAAGAACAGAGAGCUGAUCAAGAGUGUCCAGGAACUGCAAAUAUCACGGACCAACAUCAGGAAAGAGAUCUUCCAAGACGUUUUCCCCAAAUCAGAUAAGGAUGUUCUUUGCCUUUUCGCCAAGAUGACACAUACCCAGAGAGAGGGCAAAGAGACUUUGCGGAGAAGGGCAAGUACUCCUAUCCCUGCCUCUCAUCAGCCGGGGCCGAGAGGCAGAGACCCGCCAGCCGACCUCCAUCACCCUCCGCUCUGCCAGUCUGCCUCAUACCAUCCCGGAGACAAGUCUCUCCACUGCCGCGCCAAUUGGUCUUCUGAUGACUCAGACAAUGACUCGGAUGGCUCGGGAGCAGAAUGUUUAUACCGCGUUGUUUUGCUAGGAGACCACGGUGUUGGAAAGUCGAGUCUUGCCAAUAUCUUUGCUGGCAUACAGGAGAAGGAUGCUCACGACCAUACAGGAGAGGACACCUAUGAGAAAACCAUGACUGUGGAUGGGGAGGAGACCAUCCUCAUCGUCAUGGACACCUGGGAGAACGAGAAACAGGAGGAGGAUGAGAAGUGGGUCCAGGACUACUGUAUGCAGGUGGGCAACGCCUACGUCAUAGUUUACUCCAUCACGGAUCGCACCAGCUUCGAGAGUGCCUCCGAGUUACGCAUCCAGCUGCGGCGCAUACGGCAGGCCGAGAACAUUCCUAUCAUCCUCGUGGGCAACAAAAGUGACCUGGUCCGCUCCAGAGAAGUGGCUGUAGAAGAGGGCCGUGCGUGCGCUGUUGUGUUCGACUGCAAAUUCAUAGAGACAUCCGCUUCGCUCCACCACAACGUUCACGAGCUCUUCGAGGGCAUCGUCCGGCAGAUUCGCCUGCGGCGAGACAGCAAGGAGACUAACGAGCGCCGGCGCUCCGUCUACAAGCGUAAGGAGAGCCUCACCAAGAAGGCCCGCCGCUUUCUAGACCGCCUGGUGGCCAAGAACAACAAGAAGAUGGCGCUGAAGGUUCGCGCCAAGUCUUGCCACGACCUGGCCGUGCUGUAAUGGCUGCUGUGUGGCGUUCACGCCGUCAGUGGUUGCAGACUCCAACGCUCCUCUUUCCCCUAACAAUCCCCUUGUGGUAAAGGGGAAGAACAUUGUUUAUUAUUUUCUAUUUAUUUCACCCAUUAGAAGCAAUUGGGUUGAGGAAAUUUAGACUUUUUGUUGCUAUAUCCCAGAUUUGCUGAGAAUGAGUUUACUAAACAUACACCUUAUCAACUGUUUGCCUUACAUCUAAUUAAAUAGAUUCCUAGACCAGUGUAUCCAGACACAGAUCUGACAUUUAAACUCCUUUUUCUGUCUCAUUUUGAGAAGGUUUUCUAAGAUUAUUGAGGUAUGAAAUAAUAAUUUGAAUGCACUGUAUGAUGUAUUUUUGCCAUGAGGAAAGCAAUGUCCACAGAGGUACUUUACACAGAUGUCACUGACUACUUGAUUUCAAGGUUUUGCACUAUGGGAGACAGUGAUGUAUUAGGAGGAAUCAGUGGAGCUUCUUCUACAACAAUGAUGUUUCUCUCUACCAAGAGAGCUCAAGUCUGGUUUGAGACUGUUCUGUCUGUGAGCCCAUCAGUUCACAGCUAAAUUACAUGUGAACGCCGAUGUUGUUUGGGAAUCGACACCAUCGUAAACUUUCCAAAAGGAUUAUCCCGUCCUCAUCUUCCUUUACAAGCACCUCCUACACUGGAAGGACCAGUAGGGUGUUACAGUGAAACUGUCAUGGUCGCUUUUGAAAGGCUUGGUCUGAUUGACCACUGUCAAGAAACACCUUUGUAUGAUGACAUGGUCCUGAAGAGACCAAAGAAGUGUUGAGUUCUUCAAUGUCAGUGUUUUUGUCCACGUUGGGCUUGAGAAAGGUAUAAUAAUCACUUUUGUACAAAAUUGUGUUUUGAGUUUGUAAAUACAGUAUGUGAAGGAUCUUUAUGCGGAAAUAAAGGAGUAGGAAAAGUAUUACCACUUCACCAUUGUCUGCACUGGACUGUAAGGUCUGUUACUCCGAAGGCAUUGCUUACAGAAAUGUAUUAUUAAAAGGAUAAAAAUGA